AAAGAUUUUCUCAAAAUAAUGUAGCUACUUCUAUGAAUAAAAAAUUAGUUGAAUAUUGGGAAAUAAUAGAUAGCUCUUCGAUAGUAUCAGUGGUUCUUGAUCCAUGUACUAGACUUAAAAUUUUUAAUAAUAUUACAGAACAAGAAAACACUAUUAAUUUAACUCAUCAAGCUUUCAAUCUCUAUAAGUCUCAACUUAAAUCAUCUGUACCAUAUAACAAUAUGAAUAGUGAUAAACCUGAACUAUAUACUACUCAACAAUUUUUCUGGCAAUUGGGUUCUCAAGAUCAUCAACCACCUAUUACUCAUGAAA